AGUUCACAACGACCUUUCGUCUGGAGGAAAAAGACAUUUAGGACUGGAUGUCAGCUUGACAGGUGGGAUUUACUGUCGAUUGUUUGAGGAUGAGGUGUGUGUGGGCCGCACUUUGUGGGAUUGCUCUGCUAAUGCAGGUUAUUAUGACCAAUUCACAGACCACGGAUUCCCCCAUUGUGGACUGUUCUCAGUUUAACUCAUGUGAUUCCUGCAUCAGCGGAGACCCGGCCCUCAACCUGACACGAUGUGUUUGGCAAAGCUGUAAUGACGGAAAUGACACAAGAUGUAUGUCUGACACUGACGACUAUGGAGGCUGCUCUGUCUACAAUGAGACGGGCAUGUGCCAAAAUGGUGGAUCUGCUGAUAGUGGUGGCACAGGUAAUACGACUCCAGGCCCUCAGUUCUCUCAGGCAUCGUUCGACCUGUCCAGCUUCAUUGGAGGAAUCAUCCUGGUGCUGGUGUUGCAAGCUGGAGGAUUUUUUGCAAUGCGCUUCCUCAAAACAAAGGACAGCACCUAUGAAACUAUUGAUCAACCUCAAUGAGAUGAACAGGAGAAGAAAUUGUAGCACAAAAUAUAAAAUGAAGCAUAUUUUUGAAGAAAUCAAUAUGUUUUUUUUCUUUUUGCUGGUCUUGAAGGGAUAGUUCACCCAAAAAUUAACAGUUUAUAACCAUUUGCUCACCUUCAAGUGGUUUAUGUUGAUCUGAUCGAAAAAGAAGAUAUUUUGAAGAAUGUUGGAAACUUGUAACCAUUGACUUCCACAGUUGAAAAACAAAUGGUUACCAGUUUCCAACUUUUUUCAAAGUAUCUUCUUUUGUGCUUAACAUAAGAAAGAAACUCAAAAUAGGUUUGUGACAAGUAAAGGGUGAGUAAAAAAUAACAAAAAAAAUCAGUUUUGCGUGAACAAUCCCUUUCAAAGCGUAUUAUUUUUAUUGUUUGGUUCAGUUAUCAGAAACUAUUGUGUGAGUAAGAGAAAUAUGAAAAGAAAAGACUAAUAUAUCAGUGGAUUGUUCAUGUUUGAGUGCUAUCUGUUUGGGUUAUUUAUUUUCUCUCUUGUUAAUUGAUUUAAAAUAGCAUUGAGCUAUGUCAUAUUUGGAGUAAUUGCAUGCUCUUUUAUUGCUUUUUAUUAAA